GCCGCUGGCAGUGCACGCGAGAAAUUUGUAGUCGGCAGUCGCGCACGGGCCCGCCUUCGCGGAACCACUGGCUGGUCUGAGGCCAACCCGCUCACACGUUUUCUCGAUACACCACCAUCAUCGCAUUGCCGCUGCCAGACCGCCCACCACCGCCCGCUCCCCGUACCGCCCGCCCAUCCUCGUGCCCACCGCCCCGCCGCCGUCUCUGCCCACCGCCUGCUUUGCCCGCUGCCGCCCACACUCCCCGCACACCACCGACGCACCACCGACGCACCUGGCCGCUGCAGCUCGACUAGCCUGUGCCGCCGCUUGCCCGCCCAUCCGUCCCGCCCAGCUCCAGACAGCGCGCCGAUCCGCCGUCGAGCCCCCCCGCGCCGCCGCUACCAAUGGAUAACAGAGAGAACCUCUGGACUCGCCGUUCCAACACCAGCAAGCUCUCUCUGUCGACCUCGCAGGCCGACCACCCGGCCGACCACGCCCCCUCGCGCACAUUCUCCGCCACGGCCAAGGGCUACGGCUCCGCAUCGUCACACGGCGGCCGCAAUCCCUUCAGCGCCAUCCCGCCAUUGACCCCCGGCGCGCUCGCAUCGCCCACCACGGGCGGCUCCUCUGCCUUUGGCCUCGGCUCGGGCGCCUUUGCGUCCUUCGGGUCGGCCAACAAGACACCGAAGACGCCGGGCACCGCCUUCGACUUCAGGACCGCCGCCGCGCCUGCAGCCGCACCCACCACACCCGCCGACAAGAAGCCGCCGGGCAAAGCCGCGCACAGCGCACGCAAAGACGCUGCCGCCACACCCGUGCCCUACGAAGCCACAUCGCCGUCCGAGCCGCUCGACCCCAGCACGCCGUGGCCGCUGAAAUACUCGUGGGUCGUCUGGUUCCGCCCGCCGACGCCCAAGAACAAUGACUAUGAAAAGUCGAUGAAGCCGCUGUGUCGGAUGAGCACCGCCCAGGACUUCUGGAAGGUCUUCGUGCACCUCAAGCGGCCGUCGUCGCUGCCCACAGUCUCCGACUACCACGUCUUCAAAGAGGGCAUUCGGCCGGUGUGGGAGGACGAGGAGAACAAGCGCGGCGGCAAGUGGAUCAUGCGCCUGAAAAAGGGAGUCGCAGAUCGCUACUGGGAAGAGCUGCUCAUGGCUUGCAUCGGCGACCAGUUCAACGAGGCCGGCGAGGAGGUUUGCGGCUUCGUCCUGAGUGUGAGGAGCGGCGAGGACGUCUUCAGCAUAUGGACGAAGAACGACGGCGGCCGCAACAUCAAAAUCAGGGAAACCGUCAAACGCGUUCUAGGCCUGCCUGAGGGCACACAAAUCAUCUGGCGCAGCCACGACGACAGCAUCGCGCAACGCACGGCUAUCGACCAGGCGCGCCAGGAGAAGAACCAACUGAACCACGAGAAGCGUCGAGUGACAUCGUCGGAUGAGACCCAGCGGGAGAAAUCCACAGCUGGAUCCUAAUCCAUGCUUCGAGUGCUGUCGCCUUGCCCAUGCUGAGCGUGUGCUAGCUGGUGGUGGGACGUUCUGGUGCGUCUUAUGACGAGGCGACCACAGCAGUGAUUCAGUCAUGAUCCUACACACAAAACCGGCU